AUGGCGUCUUCUUCUCUUGUCCGAAUCGCUGUUGUCGGAGAUAUCCAUGGCUUCUGGGAUCUAGAUGAAGAUCGUAAAGCUCUUCGGCUACUCCAGCCGGAUUUGGUGCUCUUCACAGGUGAUUUUGGUGAGGAAAACGUGCCACUUGUACAAAGCAUUGCAGCUCUUCCUUUCCCUAAAGCAGUUAUAUUGGGCAAUCAUGAUGCCUGGCGCACCCAUGACUUAUCAAGGAGACAAAACCGUGUUCAAAUGCAACUCGAUAUCCUUGGUGACGAGCACGUAGGAUAUCAACGUUUGGACUUCCCCUCAUUUAAGCUCAGUAUUGUUGGUGGUCGGCCCUUUUCACAUGGUGGGCAUCAAUUGUUUCGUACAAAACUGCUUUACCAGAGGUAUGGAGUUCAUGAUAUGGAUGCCAGUGCAAGGAGUAUUUGUCGUGCUGCACAUGGAACACCAGAAGAUCAUGUGGCUAUAAUUCUUGCACAUAACGGGCCAACAGGUCUUGGUUCUCAAGCAGAGGAUAUAUGUGGAAAAGACUGGUGGGACGAAGGCGGUGACCAUGGUGAUCCAGAUCUAGAGCAGGCAUUACGCCAGUUGAAGGAGACAACGAAGCUGUCGGUUCCUUUAGUUGUGUUUGGACACAUGCAUAAGGAACUGCAAGCGGGUAAAGGAAAUCGGAAAAUGGUUGUGCAAAGUAGCGACAACCAGACCGUUUAUGUCAACGGUGCAAUAGUUCCAAGAGUUAAAGGGAUAAAGGAAAACUGUCAAGGAGGAGAUAGUUGGAGUGGAAUGGGGAGAAAUGAAAUUCCGGUUGGAGCAACGGAGUCUGAGAGUGGUGGCGGGACAAGAAGAGCUUUCACGACUGUGGAAAUUUUAGAUAGGAAAAUCAAGAAAGUAGCAGAAAUUUGGGUACAGGUAGUCGGAAGUAUUGCCAAGAUUGUGGAGGAAAAUACAUUGUUCGAGGAUAUGACCUGA